CCCAACCAGUGUGCCGUGGGAAAUUAUACAAUUUGACGUAAUGAUUGAUUUACAAGAAAUAAUGUAUCUUUGUUCCUGAAUUUAUGCCCGUGAGGCAAAGUGACAGACGGAACCAAUGAAUGGUCUUCGAUUCGACGGAAGGAAGUCAACGCAGUCAUUAAAGUGUCCACGUUUUGUGGCAUUUUCGUUUGUUGGUGUGCCGUGAGAUUUUGCAAUUGUAAAAUAUGUUCCUCGGCUCCAGAAAGGUCGGAAAUCAGCGGUCUACCUGUAUGCGCGUGUGUGGUUUUGCAUGGAAAGAAGCGGUCUUAGUGGCAUGGUAACCAUGGCAACAUGGUCAUUACAGCUCGGGCACGUGGAGGUUAGCGCACGUCGGCGGGAUUAAACGUGUUCCAAGCCGCUCGUGAGCGCGUCAAAGGUCACGACGUCAACUCUGAAACGAAAGGUCACGCGAGGUCACACGGGAAGUCGGACGUGGCCGACAAAAAGGCGGCAAAACAGCCAAGACGAAAAAAAAGUUAACGACACUUCUGCUGGCACGCGUGCGUGUCUUUCAAUCAGUCCAUCAAAGUUUUUUUGGAUGCACUUUGCAGACUCCGAAUGGGUUUUUUUUCCUCUGAGGAGCAGGUUUUGCUCGUUUAACGCACUCCGUCUUUCUUCAGGGACGAAAUUAGCGCACAGGUCUCAUAAGCAGCGUAAGUGCGAUUCGCGUUUCCUUCGGAGAGCAGCGUACGUGCCGCGCCGGCCUGUUGCGAACGUGUCGCCGCCGCCGCCGCCGUCUUUUGCCUUCCGAUUCUCGCGAAUAUUCAUAAAAGAUAUUCGUCAAACCGAAAAGAAAACCGACGUACAGAGUAAAUGAUAAAAACUGAAUAUAAAAGCAGCAUCAGGAUAAGAUACAAUAAAUAAGGAAAGAAUGGAAAUACAAAAACACUAAGUCAAAGGAAAUCGGUAAACAUCGCAAAAUAGCAGUUCAAAGCUCAGUUCAAAAUGCGGGCCUGUCGUUGAAAACAAAAACGUUGCGCGCGGGCCUGAGGUUCUGCGGCCGGCCGUGAGCGCCGCCUGACUCGAUCGGGGGCGACGGAAAGGCCUCGGAGGCUGCGGACGGGGCGGACGAGGCGGCCGGGGAGAGAAGCUUCGCAUCCGCCCGGAAAGACACGUGGAGCCGACGGAGCCCUUUUAAAAUGGCCGUCACGCGCGCCCGCCCGCCCGCCUUCUGCUCUCCGUCCGCUGCCGAAUUCCAAAGUCAUCGAAAGCUUGAAAUUCUCGUUUGGGAAUGGCAGAAAAGCCGACGGCGCAGCGCCGACAGGUAGCCCGAGAGAAGACUCUCGCUGGCGUGUGCGGACACUUUCUGCGUGCGCGUCGGACGUGUCGGAACUGGCGCGACGCUGCCAAAGUGAACAAAGUGUACGGUUCGUCGGGCUGGCUCGCGUGCGCGUGCUAGCAUGGUUAAUGUUAGCUGACCUUGUGUUAGCGUCCGUGCUAACGCUGCGUGCGGUCGACAGAACACAAAAAAAGCUCGAGCGCGUGCACGCGUGUUUGGGUGGGAAUCGAGCUGGUGAAUGUUUUCAGCUGGCUGACACAUUCCUCACACGCCCGUGUGUGCGCGCGUGCGCGUGUGAAAGCGAGAGAGAGAGAGAGAGAGAGAGAGAGAGCGAUUAGCACACAAGGCCGUCGUGUUGUUGUUUUUGUGACAUUUGGUGCGUGUGUGCCCCGUGACACACUUUUAGUGCAAUCAAUAAGUCGAUGAAAGCGCUUGAGUCAAACGAUUUCAUAUUGCGGACGUUUCGUACUUUUCAUCAUUCGAACCGGGCGGAUGGCGGAAUUGCCUCUCGCUCAAAGGUUCUGGGUUCAAAUCUGGCUGGCACUUCUACCCGCACCCGUCGCUAAUUUGGAUUGAUCUGCGAGCGGAUGCUCAAAUCGAAUAUCAAUUAGGAUCAAUUAUCAUAUCGACGACGAUACAGGGGUGCCUUGAGAUGCGAGCGGCAUUUGUUCUGUGGCGAAUUCCGAAUCAUUUGUACCUCAAAUCGUCUUUCCCCGUUGAAAUGAAGGGAAAUGCAAUCGACCCGUUCCGUACCCCCCGAAAACACCAAAGUUUGUUUUGGAAUAAGUUCAGGAGAAAAAGGACACUCAGCAGUAUUUUGUAUGAAAACGCCAGCAAGUCAUUUGCACAGAAAAGACGUGCGCUGGAGGGAUGGCGCAAGGAUGGCGAAUUGCUCUCAAAUGGGGGAGGAAUUGAUUGACAGAUGGACGCGAUGAUGGAUGAGUCGUGUCGAGGGGAACGAGUUGUUUUGCCGAGGAAUCUACGCACCGAUUAUCAUUCAGCAUGUACGUGUGUCAGGGGAUGAGCAACCAGCUGACGUUGUUGGGCACGCGCGAGAAUCACUACGACAACAUGGUGCGGAUGUACAGCAACUGCUCGGUGGUUCUGGACAACCUGGAGGUGACGUACACGCUGGAGCACCAGAACCUCUCCUUCCUGCAGUCCGUCCAGGAAGUGGGGGGCUACGUGCUGGUGGCCAUGAACGAGGCCCGGACCGUCCCGCUGAGCAACCUGAAGCUGAUCCGAGGUCAGAACCUGUACGAGGGCAAGUACGCCCUGCUGGUCAUGUCCAACUACAUCCGCAACCGCACGGCCGCCACGCUCAACUACACGGGCGGACUCAGACAUCUGCAGCUCAGCAACUUGACCGAGAUUCUACGAGGAGGCGUGAAGAUGACCCGCAACCCUCUGCUGUGCAACGUGGACUCCGUCGAGUGGUGGGACAUCGUGGACAGAAGCGGCGAUCCCGGCAUGCUUUUCACGACGGACGACUUUGCGCGCGAAUGCGAGCCCUGCCAUCCGGCGUGCGUCAACGGCUCAUGCUGGGCGGCCGGACCCCAACACUGCCAGAAAUUCACCAAGCGGUCGUGCGCCCAGCAGUGCAGUCGACGGUGUCGCGGCCCCGAACCCGGCGACUGCUGCAACGAGCACUGCGCGGCGGGCUGCGUCGGCCCGCGCGCCACCGACUGCCUGGCGUGCCGGCUGUUCAACGACGACGGCACCUGCAAAGACGCGUGUCCUCCCGAGAAGCUCUACGACCUCAAAACGCAUCAAGUCAUCAGCAACCCCAACGCCAAGUUCACCUACGGCGCCACCUGUGUCAAGGCCUGUCCACGCAACUACGUGGUGACAGGAGGCUCGUGCGUGCGCACGUGCGGCGCCGGCACCUUCGAGGUGGACGACGGCGGCGUGCAGCGAUGUCGAACCUGCGAGGGCGCCUGUCCGAAAGGUUCGCGGCCGGCCCGGCCACAAAGCCACAUUCGCAUAAUAUUUGGUUAUUGUACUUUCUCCAGGAAUUGAAUCAGUACCUCUACUUGUACUCUGCGAGCGCGAGUGCUUUUUGCGGCCGCGUCCGAGACGCCGUCGUGAUUGUGGUCUCGUCGUGCGCAGCGUGCGACGGCGUGGGCGCGGGCGCUCUGGUCAACAGCAUCGCCGUCAACGCCUCCAACAUCGAGUCCUUCCAGAACUGCACCAAGAUCAACGGCGACAUCUUCUUCAUCGAGACCUCCUUCGCCGGAGACCCCCACUACAAGAUCCCGCCCAUGGACCCGGCCAAGCUGGAAUACUUCCGAACUGUCAAGGAAAUCACAGGAUUCCUGCUGAUCCAGGCGUGGCCCGAGAACCUGACGUCGCUCUCCGUCUUCGAGAACCUGGAGAUCAUCCGCGGGAGAACCACGCGAGCACAACACAGCCUGGCCGUGGUGAGGGUCCCCGGCCUGCGCUGGCUGGGCCUGCGUUCCCUGAAGGAAGUCAGCGCCGGGCGAGUGACGCUCAAGGACGACCCGCAGCUCUGCUACACCCGGGGCGAGCAGUGGACUCGCCUCUUCCGAUCCUCCGACCAAAGCGUCACCCUGAGAAACCUGGCCUCGCCGCAACUCUGCCAAGAGCAGAACCGCACGUGCCACCCUCAGUGCUCCCCCGCGGGCUGCUGGGGGCCCGGGCCCGCCAUGUGCGUCUCCUGCCGACGCUUUGAGCGUAGGGGGCGCUGCGUGGCCUCAUGCAACCUGCUGCGCGGGGAGCCCAGGGAGGUGGCGGUCAAGGGCAGCUGCGUGGAAUGCCACCCCGAGUGUCUGCCCACGGACGGGACGCCGACCUGCCACGGAGAGGGUCCCGACCGGUGUUCCCGCUGCGCCCACGUCCGAGACGGCCCCCACUGCGUGCCGAGCUGCCCUCACGGCGUGAUGGGAGACGGCGACACGACCGUCUGGAAAUACACCGACGCCGAAGGCCGCUGCCGGUCGUGCCACCGCAACUGCACCGAGGGGUGCACGGGACCGGGAAAGUCGGGAUGCUCCGGCGACGUCAGGCACGCCACGCUGGCGGCGGGCGCCGUCAGCGGGCUCCUGCUCGUCAUCAUUCUGGCCUUGGUCGUCUUCGUGUCGCUACGGCGACGGCAAAUCAAGAGGAAGAGGACCGUGCGGCGCCUCCUGCAGGAGAGGGAGCUGGUGGAGCCGCUGACCCCCAGCGGCGAGGCCCCCAACCAGGCCCUGCUGAGGAUGCUGAAGGAGACGGAGCUGAAGAAGAUCCGCGUCUUGGGCUCCGGAGCCUUCGGGACCGUCUUCAAAGGUCUGUGGAUCCCCGACGGCGAGAACGUGAAGAUCCCGGUGGCCGUCAAAGUUCUCCGGGAGGCCACGUCGCCGAAAGCCAACCAGGAAAUCCUGGACGAGGCGUACGUGAUGGCGAGCGUGGACCACCCCCACGUGUGUCGUCUGCUGGGAAUCUGCCUGACGUCGUCGGUGCAGCUGGUGACGCAGCUGAUGGCGUACGGGUGCCUGCUGGACUACGUUCAGCAGCACCGGGAACGCGUGGGCGCGCAGUGGCUGCUCAACUGGUGCGUCCAGAUCGCCAAGGGGAUGAGCUACCUGGAAGAGCGCCACCUCGUGCAUCGAGAUUUGGCGGCCAGGAACGUGCUGGUGAAAACGCCCAAUCACGUCAAGAUCACGGACUUCGGCCUCGCCAAACUUCUGACGGCCGACGAGAAAGAAUACCACGCGGACGGAGGAAAGGUUCCCAUCAAGUGGAUGGCUCUGGAGUCCAUCCUUCAGUGGACGUACACACACCAGAGCGACGUUUGGAGUUACGGCGUGACCGUGUGGGAGCUGAUGACGUUCGGCUCCAAGCCGUACGACGGCAUCCCGGCCGGCGAGGUGGCGUCGCUUCUGGAGCGCGGCGAGCGCCUGCCGCAGCCGCCCGUCUGCACCAUCGACGUCUACAUGCUCAUGGUCAAGUGUUGGAUGAUCGACCCCUCCGGUCGGCCCAGCUUCCGGGAACUGGUCGUGGAGUUUUCCAAGAUGGCGCGGGACCCCAGCAGGUACCUGGUCCUGCAGUGCGACCCGCCCAGCCCGUCCGACAGCAGGUUCUUCUCGCGGCUGCUCAGCUCGGACGACGCCGACGACACGGUGGAGGCCGAGGAAUACCUGCUGCCCUACGAGGGCUCCGGUAACCGUGGCGACCACCCCUGCCGCGCCACGGUACGGACCUCCGUUUCGCUACGGCGCCGCGAGCCGGCCGUAACGACUUUCGCGCGUGCGCAGGCUCAUCCCGCGCGGGCCGACAGCGUCGCCGUGCGCUACAUCAGCGACCCCACCGGAAACCCGCUCGACAGAGACCACCUCGCCGGACACGAGUACGUGAACCAGGCUGAGGGCGGCGCAAGUAGCCGGCCUUCAGACCUCCGCAAUCCCAACUACCAAGACUCCGGUCCAUUUUGGGACGCCAGCUCGCCGCCUUCCCCGCGGGAGGACGGAAAGGCCGGGCCCCGAGUCCGAGAGGGACCCGAAUACUUGAACACGGCCCAAAACUCGCCGCCCCGGGCCGCUAGCCUGGACAACCCCGACUACCGGGCCGACUUCCCGCCUCGGCCGGCGCCCGCCGCCCGGAACUGCGAGUAUCUGGGCCUGCCUGCUGCACUGCAGACCUCCGCGUGCUAGGGGGCGCUGCACCUCAAUGUCACAAUACUGACUUUUUGAGCAUCUCACGAGUUUUUGUUUUUCAUUUUUAUUGCAGAAGUGAAAUCAAGAACACAUGUGAACAAAGUGAACUUUUUUAGAAAUGAAUGUUGACCACCCACUGCUCUGUAUGUACAUAGCUUUAGCAUGUAGCAUUUUAGUUUUAAUUUAAGGUGAAAUUGUUGUUGUUGGUGUUACAAAGAAGCACACGCGUAACAUAGUUGUUUUUAAGCUUUAAAUCAAAGAAGAUCAUUUCGACGCAAUUGAGCUUCUGUCAACGGCGUGGCGCCGCGAUACAGCACGAACAACACUGGAUAGCCAUGAAACGGUUAGGGGAGAGCUGGGUGGGACAGAGUUGCGGUAAGACGCCCGCCCGCCCGCCUUAAGAACAUCCUUAAAUCUUUGAAAGUUCUAAUCUUUUGACUAUCAGCAUGAUAUGUACACAUGAAGUAUGUGUGAAGUUCCGUCCGAAGUAAACAUUUGGAGGGUCAUUAAAUAUACCAGACAACAAUGUAAAAGCUCCUACAGGGGCGGCCUGGGGGAAGAUGCCCUCGGCCCCCCCGGAUCCGUACAAACUUGGUACUGAGGCAUAAUAUUAAACUUGCAUCCAUCCAUUUUCCGAGCCGCUUCUCCUCACGCGGGUCGCGGGCGUGCUGGAGCCUAUCCCAGCUAACUGCGGGCUGAACUGGUCGCCGGCCAAUCGCAGGGCGCAUAGAAACAAACAACCAUUGGCACUCUCACAUCUACGGGCAAUUUACAGUCUUCGAUCAACCUAGCACGUAUGUGUUUGCGAUGUGCGAGGAAACCCGGAGAAAAGCCACGCAGGCACGGGGAGAGCACGCAAACUCCGCACAGGCGAGGCUGGAUUUGAACCCGCAACCGCACAACUGUGAGACAGAUGUGAGACAGGUAAGAACCAGUCUUCCACUGUGCCGCAAUAUGAAACUUUAUUUUCAACCCACAUUUUACAUAACAUACGGAAAUAGUUAUUGUUUUUAACAACCCUUUGAUUAUUGCCAAUUUUCCAAUUAACGGGCCUGUGACAAACACGCAUGCAUGCAUGUGUACAGUACACAGGCUAUAUAUGUAUGUAUAUGUUUGAAUCUCAACUGGUAAGAAUAAAUUUCUUAUUGUGUA